UCUCUCUCUCUGCUGAUGUAAUGCCUCUGCUUUGUCGGUUGGUCAGAGUGAGGGAGCAGGGGUUGGCAGCAGCGCAUGUCAGUCUCAGUUCCCAGUCAGUUGUAAACAAACACGAUGGAGGCAAAUCCCAGCCAGGAACGGCGAGUGAAGACCCUGCGACGGGAGCUAGAGGGCUGGCGGGAGGUGCUGUGUGCCCUCCACUCUGUGCUCAUUUGGGAGAAACACUUCUUCCCCGCCAUCUCUGUCUCUGCCGUCACCUUCCUCUUCCUGAUCAUCUGGUAUGUAGAACCAUCAAUGCUCACACUGCUCUCAAUCCUCGGCAUCAUCAUUACCUUGUGUGACUACUUGGUUCCUCAGGUGGUGCCAUGGGUGGUGGGUGCGCACUACUGGACUGGAGCACACGAGCGAAAAUAUGAGCAGAUCAUCACCUCCAUUGCCUCCCUAUUCUGUCUGGCUUCCUCUGUGUCACAGACGCUCACCUCCAUGAAGGAGUCAAAGCCCAGAACUUACUUUGUGGUGGUGACAGGCAGCCUUCUGUUCUCUGCAUGGAUUGGAAGCAACAUCAACAAUCUCUUCCUCACGUACCUCAUUGUGGCGUUUCUGGUGCUGCUUCCUGGUCUGAAACACCAAGGCAUCAUGAAGAAGUACUUCUCUACCAUCAUCAAGGCCGUAUCCAGCAUCCUGAAAGGUCCUGCCCCAACCAAAGGGGAAGGCAGUGAUGGGGAGUCCAAGAAGAAGGAGUGAGUCUGUCUCUGUCUGUGCUCUAUCAACUUCACCAAUCAGACACAGAUAAAGAGUUGGACCUGCUGGAAGUGGUUGGGUAUGGUGUGUGUGUGUGUGUAUGAUGGGAUCUUGAAAGUGGUAUGACAGACUUUCUUUAGUAUGAGUGAGCAAAGAGUGGUGGAAUAAGGUGUAGUGUGUGUGUGUGUGUGUGUGCGUGUGUGUGUGUGUGUGUGUGUGUGUGUGUGUGUGUGUGUGUGUGUGUGUGUGUGUGUGUGUGUGUGUGUGUGUUCUUGAGGCUUUACUUUCAUUUACAAGCAGGUGUGAGUAGGAGUGGUAAAAAUUUGCAAGAAACACUGCUGCAAGGUGGAAUGCAGCUCUAAUGUAACAAAUUUCACAGUAACUCAUCUUCAACUCCAUAUUUCUUGCAUUUGCAUUGUAUUUUUAGCCUGUGGGAAUCAUAUGCAAGAUAGUUAAAGAUGUUUAUUUAUUUUUCUUAUAUUCAUACUGACCUUGUCUCUUCAUAAUAUGCAAUUGGUAGAAAUGUCACUUUCAUUAGUCCAUGCUUUGUUUACCAAGCUGUAAACAAAGGCAUAGUAGGAUGCUGAGGUCAUAGGCUGUAUGAAGCUCCUUUUUUUUCACUAGCAGGUCAGCAUCAGGAAAAGAUGGACACUGAACAAUGUUGUGUUCCCCAUUGCCGUUCAUUGAUGUUUUCCGGUGUCUUCUACUUCUCCCGGUGAGCUUUAGGUUUGCAAGGCAUUAUUAGUAAUACAGUAAAGUUAAAAUACCGGUAUAGUUUUCAUUAUGCAACUCCAUGAAAAAAACUGAUUAUGACCUCUGUUAUCACAAGCACUGAUCUUCAUCCCUGCAAGUAUAGAUAACUGAUUGACUCUUACUAAAUCAGCCAAACCAGUGUUGAAAGGAAGGAGCGAGUCAAGAGCUGAGGGUAGGAGUGGUGAUGCAGUCUUGAGUAUAUACAGCUCUUCCCCUCAAGCCUGGUUCUAUCUUAAUGAUCAGUGGCUGUGGCUGUGAGGUUCUUGUGUUGAGUGUGCAUAAGCUUGUCUUUCUCUGAUGGCCUGAGGUCUGUUGCCUUCAUUAUAUAUCCAUAAGAGAACAUUAAUUGAAUGGUGAAAAUGUAUCUGUGUUUUUGCCUGAACAGGAAUGGCCAAGACAGAAUGUUAGAUUUCUCAUGUGUGUUUUUCUUGGUAAUCUUUGCAAUUGAGGAGUUGAGGUAAUUGGAUGAUACUUGUAAUUUUCAAUAUUUUUCUCUAAGGUUAAAUGAUAGUUUUUUUGAAUGAUGUAGCUAGCAUAAUUGAAGCAAGGAGCAGGUUUGGUCAGUCACUUGAGUGCACCAGAACACGUGAAGCACAAAUAUUUUUAAUAGCGUGUGCAGGAUGUAAGUGGAGUGUAGCAGUGUUUGGUUUGUCAGGGAUGCAUAUUGUUCAGCUAAGAGAUGGGAAAAAUCAACCUUACCUAUUGCAGUUAUGAUAAUUUGUGGAUGUCAACUCUUGAAAGGUUAAGAAGAGGAUAAAGAAAUUAACUCACUUGUGGCUUGUGUUGGGAGCAGUAAUUGUCUCCUGUUUAGCUAUGUGGCUUCCAUGUUCAGAGAGGAUGUUGGUGUGCAAAAAAGGGCCUCACCAUGCAUCUGUGUUUGCCAAGUGACAGUGAGUUGCUUCAUGCCUCAGACACAGGGAAUAGUUUGUUUUUGUGUCCAGUCUUUAGUGAAUGGAUAACUUUGUCACAGCAAAAGUACCAUCAUCAUCUUAAGAAGCACUCACUGUCAGACAAGCACAGUUGCAUGGUAGUGCCUUAAGGGACCACAUCUGUGAAAGCAGGUUCUCCAUGUUUGUGUCAUAAGAUGUUGUGCUCUCUUGCUUCAAGCCUUUAUUGUCUUAGCCUAACAGUUUGAAUCAUUGUAGGUGUUCCUAGAUCUUGUCAGAGACACUUUAGAUGUAUAGUUUGUAAGCUAUCUUCUGUUGGUACAGUAAUGUGUUCCUGUUUUUCAUCAAGUUGUAGGUAGAGACAGUGAAGUAUACAAAUCGGAUGGCAUUAUGUGCAAAGCAUUUUGGCAGUUCUAUAUUAAUGUAAGCAUUGGAGUAGCUGGCUAGAAGUUAUUUGUAUAAUAUGUAUUUUGCAGCAAUGUGAGUGAAGCUAAAACAAUCACUACCUGUAAGGCUCAUCCACUCACACCUGACUCUUGUGAGGCAGUGCUUCAUGGAAGGCAGCCAUGAGAGCCAAAAUGUUGACUUGGACUGGACAGGAAUGAAGCCUCUGAUGGUAUAGAUAACAUUCAUAACAGUAAUAAGUGAUUAUAAGACCCAAGUGAACAUGGGUUGGUCUAUCAACACAAAGCAUCACUAGUCAUCUAAUAAAUUAGAAGGUAUAGUGGAAUGACUUUCAUAAAUGAGACAUCAUGCCAUUCUCAUCAGUUGUUGAAAGAGAUUUUGAGGGUUUAGAUAAUCUUAGUCUGUAAAUACUCAUCAUUUGAUCAGUGGGCAAGUGUGGUGGUUCAGUACAAGAGUGGAGAAUACAUGGACACUGAUUAUGUAGAUGUGUGAACUCGAGCACCAUCCUUGCACAAGUAUGUUUGUCAACGAUAUAAAACUUCAACUGAUUGAUUUAUCAGCCAAACUAGUAAGGAGCACACUCACCCAUUAACUGUUUGACAAGGCCUCAGCAUUGGAUGCUUUAAAUAAACCAAAUAAGAAUUCACAAAACUAAAUAGAUACCUAGUCUUUGCUUUGUCUGUGCCAAAAACUGCCUGGGUAAUGCGGUACAUAUUGGGGGGCAGGGUCAGCCAUGUGCAGGGAUGAGCCUCAUCUUGAGUUGUUGUGGUGAUCAGGUCACACGAUAAGUUUAUGAGUCACUGCAGUAGUGUAAAGUUUUUAUAUAUUUUAGUAGCUUUGUAAGACUAUAGAAUUGUUACCAAGAUAAUAUUCUUAACUUGAAUACUAUACCUAACUUUGAUGUUGAUAUUAUACUCCAGUAGAUAGUGGAUUUGAUAUAUUUUAUGCUAAUAAUGUGUAUGGAUGUAUGUAUGUUGAAUUUUGAAUCAUUAUUUCAAGUGUGGAAGAGCUCCAGGGAUGCACUAUAGAUUGAGGCAUCAGCAAGACUGGCUGCUGGUUUUGUUAAGUAAGCAAACGGCAGAUCGCUGCUUUGUGUGUGUGGCAGUGUAGCUUUUGUACUCUUGCUGCCAGUACUGGUUUCCCCCAGAGUAUUGUAUUUAUGUCAUUAUUUUAUUAUUAGGUAAGCUGCUUGUGUGUGUGUGUGUGUGUGUGUGUGUGUGUGUGUGUGUGUGUGUGUUUGUUUAUGAGCAGCUUUACGUGGAUAUAUUUCCUUAUUACGCUGUGAUGGAAGUCUUUCUCCCCCACCUUAAAUAUUAUGGUUAUAUUCUUGCCUCUUGUGUAGAAUUAUUACUUGAUUUCCGGGUGUCCUGUUGUACAAAUUGUAUGUAGGAACACCUCAAGCCGGUUUAUUUCUAAGAUGUGAGAAAGCAAGACGUGUUCUCUCGUAUCAGCAAAUUUGUUGUGGUGUUCAGUUCCUGAGACUUAAAUCUGCUUACUGUGUGCCUUAAUUUUAUUUUCAUCAGUAUGCUAUGUAUGUUAAACCACCUGAAAGUUUUUGUUCACUGUUGAUUUACUGGUAAUGAUGGCAGAUCAGAGUGUAAGAGGUAGACUAGGACAUUUCAGAAAUACCUUGGGGUUUAAAGGCAAUAUAUCAGUCCUUGGUGAAAGGUGUGGUACAAGUGGUGAGGAUGUGGCUCCAGUCUCAUCCUCCUUUGUUAAUUUGCUCACCUCACUGACACCAUGAGUUGUGUGUAUGUUUCUCAGACACUUGGAGAGGCAGCUUGUGUGUCUCUCUGGAGUAUGAGGUGUGCAGGCAGCUUGUGUUGUGUCACUCUGAAUGAGAAACGAAAACCACUGUGAUCUAAAAUAAAUAAAAAAAAUAAUAAAUAGGGCAGACCAGC